CGCUGCGUACCCGGCCGUAGGGGAGGGAACGGCAGCAGCCCUCGGGAGGGAAGGUGACAGCCCGGCAGGAUGAAGUUCCAGUACAAGGAAGACCACCCGUUCGAGUACAGGAAAAAAGAAGGGGAGAAAAUCCGCAAGAAAUAUCCCGACAGAGUCCCUGUGAUCGUGGAAAAAGCACCAAAAGCCAGAGUACCCGACCUAGACAAAAGGAAGUAUCUUGUGCCUUCUGACCUCACAGUUGGCCAGUUCUACUUCUUAAUCCGAAAGCGGAUCCACCUGAGGCCAGAAGAUGCCCUGUUCUUCUUUGUCAAUAACACCAUCCCUCCUACCAGUGCUACCAUGGGCCAGCUGUAUGAGGAUAACCACGAGGAGGACUAUUUUCUCUAUGUGGCCUACAGCGACGAGAGUGUCUAUGGCAAGUGAGCACCAGCCCCCCAGGCAUGCAGGCGAGAUGGACUGAUGGAAUGGAUUUGGGGGGGGGAUGUUGGAGAGGAGGAAGGAGAAUGCCUGAGAAGAGGGGAAGGGAACUGGAAGUGAACCACAUGCACAAUGCCAUCACCUUCCAUGCAUUAAUUAUAACCAUUAUUUUUUAAAUUGAGGGGAGGGAGGGUAAGGGGACAGUGUAUGAAAGGGUGAACUGAAAGGCUUAACAAGGGGUUCUGCGCUGAGGGAUGGGGAGACUCCGCUGUUCGUAGUUCUUCUUUUGCCACAGCUGGAAGUAGUUAGCCAGUACUGGAGGCUGCUAGACAAGCCA